GCCGAGGAAGGUGAGCGAGUGUCUGGAGGGGAGUACUCGGGAGCGCGACCAAGCCGAGGGAUCGAUCGGAUUAAACUCGAUUUGAGUGAAAUUAACACAAAGGAGAGAAGAGCAACGCACACCAGUCGGUGAGGUCGCGUAUGCGGAGACACACCGGACAAAUAUCUCAUGAGAAACAAACUUAAACUUUUUUUUUCCUGUUUAUUUAUAUUUCAAACAAAAAGGACCACGGUGGAUUUUUUUUUUCAAGCAAAGCGGAGAUACUAACCGUACUAACGAGGAGCUGAUUUGAUGAAAUAAAGCCCGAAGUGACCGAGCUUGUUGGAAACAUUGAGGACCAUGGAGUAGCAUCUUCAAUGUUUCAGCUAUUUGAUUAGCUCUCCACUGCACAAUACACCUUCCUUUAUCCAGUCCCCUCCAACUGUCCCCAACCCCCUCUCACGGAGGCAUGGCGGAUCCAGGGAUGUUGAGUUUAUUUGGGGAAGAUGCCGGGCUGUUCUCGGACGGUUUAGACGGUUUAGGGGACUGCUUCCCUCAGCAGCCUUCCCCUGGCCAGUCCAACCCUCUAGCCCAGCAGACCAAUCCCUCUCUAAACCACGAGCACCAGGGAAACAGGGGUUACCACCAAGGAAUGAUCCACGGUGCAGGGCCCGGCCCAGGACAGCCUAAAUUGGGUCAAAUGUACGACCAUGGCCCCUAUUCCGGCUAUGAUCAACCUGGUGCCCAAGGAGGACGUGUGAUAGCUCAGAAUGGUCCCAGCCAGGGGCCACCAAAUGUGAACAGUGCGAUGAAUGGCAUGGCUUCCCAUUACCACAAUAACCCAGCUAACUCUAGUAACCCGCACCAUGGGUACCCGGGUGAGGCUGGUGGAGGAGGUGGGGGGGUUGGAGUUUGGGCCCAGCAGCAGAGCAGAACAGCUUAUCAGCAGCCUCCGACACAAUCAGGGGGUGGACCCAACCAGAUGGGAGGAUACCAGAUGUCUCAAGGCAACUAUGGGGGGAUGCCGAAUCCAUCUACACCCAAUGCACCUCGCAUUAACCAACACUACCCUCCACAGAGCAUUGCACCCCCCCCUGCUCAGGACCCAUCUCACUACCUGGGACAUGUUGGAAUUGGUGGGGGCCAGAUGAGAAAUCCCCAGCCACAGCCACAACCACAGCCCCAGGGCUAUCCUAUUGGCCACACACCCCGAUAUCCACAGUCCCCCUCCCGACAGCCCCCACACCCCCACCAUCAACAGAGUAUGGGUGGAUUUGGGGGUGGCCAAUACCCUGGCUAUCAGGCCCAGUAUGGAAACAUGGGACCUGGGAUGGGCCAGGGUGCUAAUGCUAAUGUCAAUGUGAACACAAGCCAGGCCAUGGGACCAGGGCAGCUCAACCAGAGGUUUAACCAGGGAUCUGCUCCAGCAGCCGGGCAACAGGGUCAACGAUACCCCCCUGGACCACCACACCAACCCCAGCCCCAUCAGACCCACCCUGCUCAAAUGCAACAGCAAGCAGGGCAGCAGGGCCAGCCUAUGCACCCCCUUAACCACCCCCAGAAUCUGCCACAGCCCCAAAACCAGCCCCAUCUUGCACCCCCAGCUCAGGGAUCCUACCCCUCUCCCUCAUCCAUUUCCCCCAUGCAGGUUUUGGGAACCCCAACACCUUCUCCCCAGCAGGGCAGACCUCCCAGUGCAGGACUCGCUGGAACCCAAGAGGUUGCAGGCUACACUUCCCUGCAGUCUCAAACCAGUGCUAUUCCCCAUCCACAGAGACCUCCCCAACCUCCUCUGACUGCCCCACACCCCCAACACCAGCAGCCACACAACUUGCCCCCCAAUGCAGGGCAGAUGUUUCCUGGCAUAGGGCAGCAGAGAGGCUCACAACUGGCUCCAAUCAGGCCUCAACUACAGCUACAACAAGGACCUCUAGAAGCUCCAAUCAACCAGGGGGGAGACCAGCGUGUUCUCCAGGCCCAGCAGCAGGCCUCGCGAAAUGGACAGACCCUUCAGUCCAAUCCCAUGGGUUUCCAGGCUCCGUCUGUUGGUCAACAUGGAGUCCCCGCCCCAAACCAGGCCUUAGCACCUCCUGCUCAGAAUCAACACACACACCUGCCCCCCCACGCUCAACAUCUGCAGAGUGCGCCCCCUGCCCCCAACCAGGCCUCUCACGCGUGGGCACCUCCACCUCCUGCGUCCCAUCAGCUCUCCUCACCCCCUCUUACCCCACAGAAAGUGCCUCAUGUACAGCAUUCCCCAACUGACCCGUCAGGAGAUGCCUCAAUGAUGGUUCCUGACAGGGCGACAGUCGGCACUGGCGCCCCCGGCCAGCCUAUCAGCACAGAGCAGCCCAACCAGGAGACCAAGCCAAAAAAGAAGAGGAAGAAGAAAGCGAAAGUGGUGGACAGAGAGGAGGCAGAGGCGGAGAAAAAGGAGUUAGGCGAGGAAGUCAAGUCAGAAUUUCCUGCAACAGGAAGUGAUGCGGGUGAACAGGUUUCUGGCAUAGGAAAUACAGAUGGAUGUUCACCACAAGUGGAGGAAAAGAAAAAGCGCAAAAAGAAACCAAAGGAGAAGGCAGAGGGCAAGGAGCCCAAAGAGCCCAAAACUCAGAAGACGCCCAAAACACCCAAGACCCCCAAAGAGCCUAAGGAGCCCAAGGAGCCCAAGGAGAAGAAACCCAAGAGCGUGACUCCCAAGACAAAGGCACCCAAGAAAACCAGCAGUAAGAAGGUUGAGACCGAGGGUGGGACCAGCGCUGCUAAGAAGGAUUCAAAAAGGAAGAGAGAGUCAUCAAUCAGUGAUGAGGUGGAGAUGAAGUCUCCUCCCCCUUCAGCUCCUGAAGAAGAAGAUGAUGAUGGUGUGCAGAAACGUCGUUCCAGCCGUCAGGUGAAGAGGAAGAGGUACACUGAGGAUCUGGAGUUCAAAAUUUCCGAUGUCGAUGACAGCGGAGAUGACUCACCUGCACCCAAGUCACCAUCGUCAUCACAACAACAGGACGUAGUUGAGGCUGAAGGGCCCGUCGUGGAGAAGAUCAUGAGCAUGCGCACCACCAAGAAACAGCCGGAGCAGGGGGAAGAAUUAGAGGUUGAGGAGUUCUACGUCAAGUUCAAGGGCUUUUCGUACCUUCACUGUCGCUGGGCAGACCUGGAGGAGCUGGAGAAGGACAAGAGAAUACAUCAGAAGAUCAAGAGGUUUAGGGCCAAGCAACAACUUAACAACUUCAUAACUGAGAUGGACGACGAGCCUUUUAACCCGGACUAUGUGGAGGUGGACCGUGUCCUGGACGUUUCAGAGAGCACAGAUGAAAACGGAGAGAUGGUGACCUUAUAUUUGGUGAAAUGGUGCAGUCUGCCUUACGAGGACUCAACCUGGGAGCUAAAGGCUGACAUUGACCAAUCCAAAAUAGAGGAAUAUGAAGGCAUUGCAGCACGCACACCGAACACUAAAAAAAUGGAUCGGCCUCCUGUGGCCGACUGGAAAAAGUUGGAGGGUUCCAGGGAUUACAGAAACGGAAACGCACUCAGGGAAUACCAGCUAGAAGGCCUCAACUGGCUAACCUUCAACUGGUACAACUCACGUAACUGUAUUUUGGCUGAUGAGAUGGGUCUGGGAAAGACCAUCCAGUCUAUUACAUUCCUCUAUGAGAUUUACAUGAAGGGCCUCGAGGGGCCAUUCCUCGUCAUCGCCCCGCUCUCCACCAUCCCAAACUGGGAGAGGGAGUUCAGGACCUGGACGGAGCUCAACGCGGUGGUCUACCACGGCAGCCAGGCCAGCCGCAAGACCAUCCAGGCCUACGAGAUGUACUACAGAGAUGCACAGGGCAAGAUAAUAAAGGGAGCAUACCGGUUCCAUGCGUUGAUAACAACGUUCGAGAUGAUUCUGACCGACUGUCCCGAGCUGCGCAGCGUGCCGUGGCGCUGUGUGGUGAUCGACGAGGCCCACCGCCUCAAAAACAGAAACUGCAAACUACUGGAAGGACUCAAAAUGAUGGACAUGGAGCACAAAGUCCUGUUGACAGGAACUCCCCUCCAGAACACUGUCGAGGAGCUUUUUAGUUUACUCAACUUCCUGGAGCCUGAACGAUUCCCGUCCGAACUAACAUUCAUGACUGAGUUUGGAGACCUUAAGACUGAAGAACAGGUUCAGAAGCUGCAGGCCAUUCUGAAGCCCAUGAUGUUGAGAAGACUGAAGGAGGACGUGGAGAAGAACUUGGCCCCUAAAGAGGAGACCAUCAUUGAGGUGGAGCUGACCAACAUUCAGAAGAAAUACUAUCGGGCCAUCUUGGAGAAGAACUUCACCUUCCUGUCCAAAGGAGGGACUGGGGGAGGUGGCGGCGGCGGAGGGUCCAAUGUCCCCAACCUCCUCAACACCAUGAUGGAGCUGAGGAAAUGCUGCAACCACCCCUACCUCAUAACUGGAGCCGAAGAGAAGAUUGCAGAGGAGUUCCGAGAUUUUCACGGAGGCAGGACAGACUUACCCGAUAUGGCUCUCCAGGCGAUGAUCCAGGCUGCUGGCAAGCUGGUUCUCAUUGACAAGUUGUUGCCCAAACUGAAGGCUGGCGGACACAGGGUUCUGGUUUUCAGUCAGAUGGUCCGCUGUCUAGAUAUUCUGGAGGACUACCUCAUCCAGAAACGAUAUCCCUAUGAACGUAUAGACGGCAGAGUUCGUGGAAACCUGCGGCAGGCAGCUAUCGACCGGUUCUCCAGACCUGACUCUGACCGGUUCGUCUUCCUUCUGUGUACAAGAGCCGGAGGACUCGGCAUCAACCUGACCGCAGCAGAUACGUGCAUCAUCUUUGACUCUGACUGGAACCCUCAGAACGACCUGCAGGCUCAAGCUCGGUGUCAUCGUAUUGGCCAGUCCAAAGCGGUCAAGAUCUACCGACUGAUCACAAGAAACAGCUACGAAAGGGAAAUGUUUGACAAGGCCAGUCUGAAGCUGGGGCUCGACAAAGCUGUCCUUCAGAGCAUGAGUGGACGAGAGAACGCCAACAGUGGGGUCCAGCCGCUGUCAAAGAAAGAAGUUGAGGACCUUCUGAGAAAGGGGGCAUAUGGAGCACUGAUGGACGAGGAAGAUGAAGGCUCCAAAUUCUGUGAGGAAGAUAUUGACCAGAUCCUCCAGAGAAGAACCCACACCAUCACCAUAGAGUCUGAGGGCAAGGGAUCCACCUUUGCUAAGGCCAGUUUUGUUGCGACGGGCAAUCGAACAGACAUUUCUUUGGAGGAUCCAGACUUCUGGCAGAAGUGGGCCAAGAAGGCUGAGCUGGACAUGGAUGCCAUCAAUGGACGGAACACACUGGUGAUUGACACACCGAGAGUGAGGAAGCAGACACGGCACUACAGCAGCAUCAAAGAGGAUGAGAUGAUGGAGUUCUCUGAGCUGGAAAGCGACGAGGACGAACCGAGUAAACCUUCGUCCAAACCGCGGCGGCCCCAGGAUAAAGCCCAGGGGUACCCCCGAUCUGAGUGCUUCAGAGUGGAGAAGAACCUGCUCGUCUACGGUUGGGGUAGGUGGGGUGACAUCCUCGCUCAUGGACGCUUCAAGCGCCCCCUAAAGGAGAGUGAUGUGGAAACCAUCUGCCGUGCCCUCCUGGCCUACUGCCUGCUGCAUUACCGUGGUGACGAGAAUAUCAAGAGCUUUAUCUGGGACCUGAUCACUCCGAGUGAAGACGGGACCACCAAGACACUGACCAACCACUCAGGUCUCUCUACCCCAGUCCCUCGUGGCAGGAAGGGCAAGAAGGGCAAGUUGCCGGCCCCGCCUCCACAGACUCCACGAGCUGAUUGGCUUGCCAGCUGCAACCCUGACCACUUACUGCAAGAGGAUAGCUACAAGAGACACCUGAAACAUCACUGUAACAAGGUGCUGCUGAGGGUAAGGAUGCUGUAUUAUCUGCGACAGGAAGUAAUAGGGGACCAAGCGGAGCGGAUACUGGAAGGAGCUGACUCCAGUGAGCUGGACAUCUGGAUACCACAGCCGUUUCAUGCUGAGGUCCCAGCUGACUGGUGGGACAGCGAGGCUGACAAAUCCCUGCUCAUCGGUGUCUUCAAACACGGAUAUGAGAAGUACAACUCGAUGAGAGCUGACCCCGCCCUAUGUUUCUUGGAGCGGGUGGGCAUGCCAGACGCCAAGGCUAUCGCCGCUGAGCAGAGGGGCUCUGACAUGAUGGCAGAUGGUGUUGAGGGCGAGGAUGAGGAUCCAGAGUACAAGCCUCUUCGGAUGCCUUUUAAAGAUGAAAUGGACGACUUCACCAACUCUCCGCUGGAUGACAAAGAUGAAACUGUGGAAGGUGAAGCUGAAGCAAAGCUAGGUGAGAACGGUCAAAGUGUGGCUUCUUCAGGCGGAGCUCCAGGCUCCAACGAGCGACUCUAUUGGCCAGCAGCCUCGGCGUUAACGGCACGUCUGCGUCGCCUCAUCACAGCCUACCAGCGCUCUAACCGCAGGGAGCAGCUCCGGCAGGAGGCCCUGAGCCGCCCUGAUGGUCGCAGGAGACGCCGGAGGGAGUUCAUGCCCUCCAUUGCCAUGGUUACUGAGACAGGAGGAGGAGCAGCUUACAUCCAUGAUGGAGCAGGGAUGUUCAUGGCAGAAGGAAGCCCAUAUAUGGCUAAAGGGGGGGCUUACUUUGCUAAAGGUGGACAGUUCAUGGCAGAGGCGUCCCCUGUGUUGACCGCUAGCUCCCUGAUGUCUGAUGGAGCGAUGUACUUCAAGGAGAGACGACAAAGAUGGACUCGUCGCGAGGAGGCUGAUUUCUACCGUGUGGUUUCCACCUUCGGAGUCGUCUUUGACACCCAGCGUCAGAAGUUUGACUGGACUCAGUUCAGGGCUUUUGCUCGACUGGACAAGAAAACAGACGAGAGCUUGGAGAAAUACUACUACUCCUUCAUCGCCAUGUGUAAACGUGUCUGCAGGAUGCAGGUCAAGCCUGAGACAGAACUAGCAGAUCCAACCCUGAUCAUCGACCCCAUCACAGAGGAGCGGGCCUCACGCACCCUGUACCGCAUCGAGCUGCUCCGCCGCAUCAGAGAACAAGUUCUCCCCCACCCUCAGCUCUCGGAGCGCCUCAAACUCUGCCAGCCCUCCGCAGACCUCCCAGAAUGGUGGGAGAGUGGGCGCCAUGACCGGGACCUGCUCCUGGGGGCCUCCAAACAUGGCGUCAGCCGGACAGAUUAUCACAUCUUGAACGACCCUACCUUGGCUUUCCUGGAGGCCCAUCAGCGUGCUGCCAGCCAGCGGGGAACUGGUGCGGGCAUGGGAGCCUAUGGAGAGAUCACUAAAGUGGAGAUCGGAUCAGCUGAGAUCACCCCUGCACCCCUUCUCACUCCUGGAGAGCUGGCAAGUGCUUCAGCCGCUGCCAAAGUCGCUUUGGAUGCAGCUAAAGAGGACGGAGAAGAAGGGAAGGAGGUGAAGAUUGAAGAAGCGGAGACAGAGGUGAAAAUGGAAACGGAAGGAGACGUUCCAUGUACCAAGACUGAAACUCCUGAUCUCCAGAAAGAAAAUGAAGAGACCGGAGAGGGGAAAGAUGAAGAACCUGCUGCGCUGGGAAAUGAUCUAAAGAAAGAAGAGGAGGCCCUGCCGAAAGUGGAAAAGGAGGAGCAGGAUGAGGAGCAAAGUGGAGAAGGAGAGAAUACUUCCAUGCCAGAAGACCAAAACAAGGAUGUGACAGAAGAGAAGAAGACUCCUGUUGACGCUCAGAGUGAGCAGAAGGUGAUUACUCCUGAGAUCUCAGAACAUCCUGACGCCUCUCCUGAAGCACAACCAGCCAACAAAACGGCAGAGGAGGUGGAGGGAGAGGAGAGGGAGAAUGCUGAGUCUCCUAAAUCACCUAAGUCAGCUGACACUGAGAAAAGCCCAGAGGAGGAAGAGGAAGAGAGGAUGGAUGAAGAUGACAAAUCAGAGAAAUCCUCUCAGGCUGAAGCGAGUGCUGCGUCAGAGCAGAAGAACUUCGAUGAAGAGAGCAACGCGUCUCUGAGCACGUCGGCUCAAAACGAAACAAGAGAUGGAUUUUGUCCCGAUGAUCUUCCAGAAACCUCUGCAUUGCAAGUUUUACAGGAACGUGCCUAUGGCUUUUCCUUCUGGCCUAAGGACCGAGUGAUGAUCAACAGGAUGGAUAACAUCUGUGAGGCUGUCCUGAAGGGCAAGUGGCCCGUCAACAGACGCCACAUCUUUGACUUCCCCAGCAGCCUGUUGCCAGGGCACGGCUCCUCGGUAACUACAGCGACCGUAGCCAUGACGACCGAGAGCCCCCUGCAGAGGCGGAGCCUGGCCGAGCUGACGAUGGGCGGCGUCCAUACACCUUACAGCGGGAGUGAAGACAAAACGCCGUUAUCCCAGGUUCAUGAGGAUGCGCUAAGCCUGACGGUGCCCCGACAGAGGAGGAGGAGGAGGAGGAAGAUCGAGAUUGAGGCAGAGAGGGCAGCAAAGAGACGUAACCUGAUGGAGAUGGUUGCUCAGCUGAGGGAGAGCCAUGCUGCUGCUGAGACACAGAGUCACGCGAUCGACCUCACCAAGGGAAUGCAUCAUCACCACAAGGCGUCGCCCUCAUUAGCCGGCUUCCCCAGCGCUCUGGUGACAAGCCCCUCCCUCAAAGCGCAGAUGGAGUUGCUGCAGCAAGCCCCGCCCUCUGGACACAGAGCCAAUGGUUCCCUGGAAGCUGACCUGCCUACUAUGAGAAGGAGGCGGGGCCGCAGAAAAAAUGUGGAGGGUCUGGAUCUGCUGUUCAUGGGCAACAAGAGAGCAGGAAGGGAUGAUACUGAAGAGUCUAAGAUGUCAGGUGUUGAGGGUGCUCAGGGUGUCACACGUGCCCAACGACCCCCGACUGCCCCUGAACAAAGCCCCAGUGCCAGAUCACUUGCCUCGGGUAGUCUGGAGGAGGAGGAGGCAGCGGUUUCCAACAAAGAGCUUGGAGAGUGGCUCAGGCAGCACCCGACCUAUACCAUGGACAUGGCUGGAUUCCCACCAAAGAGCGAGGACUUGUUGCUGUCUCAGUUUUCUAAGCCCAAGCAGAAGCGCCAUCGCUGUCGUAACCCAAACAAGAUCGACAUCAACACCCUGACUGGAGAAGAGAGGGUGCCUGUUGUCAACAGACGCAACGGACGUAAAAUGGGUGGGGCAAUGGCUCCACCAAUGAAAGAGCUUCCAAGAUGGUUACUGGAGAACCCAGAGUUUUCUAUUGCCCCUGAUUGGACAGAUAUCGUCAAACAGUCGGGUUUCCUCCCAGAAGCCAUGUUUGACCGUCUUCUAACUGGCCCUGUAGUUAGGGAGGAGGGCGUUCGUCGUCGGGGCCGGCGACCAAAAUCUGAGAUCGCCAAGGCAGCAGCUGCUGCACAGGCGGCGGCAGCAGCUCAGGCUGCCCAGGCAUCACUGGCAUCAGUUGCAUCAUCUGCAGCCGGAGGCAUCAACCCUCUUCUGUUAAAUAGUCUGUUUGGGGGGAUGGACCUGUCGUCCCUCCAGAGCCUCCAGUCUCUCCAGUUGGCUGCUGGUCUGAUGGCCUUCCCGCCCACCGACCCCAAGCAGGCUGCUGCUAGUGCUGCCGCUGCCUCCAUGCUGCCCCUCAUGCUGCCUGGCAUGGGAGGCCUGACCAACAUGGCCGCCCUUCCAAACAUGUUCAGCCUAGGAGGGCUGUUCGGCGGCAACCUGGCUGCAGCUGCGGCCGCGGCAUCGAACUCGACCUCUGCCUCAGCUUCAGGAAACACAAACGGAACAAUGGAGGGACAGAGUACAAGGAAGAGAGAAGGGAAAGAAGCUGGAGAAAACUGUGACGAGGUGGAAGAUGAUGAUGAUGAGGAGGAGGAGAGAGGAGGAAAUGAGGAAGGUGUGAAGAAGAAGAUAAAGAAGAAGGCGAAAGGGAGUGAUGUGACUACUGGUCAGCAGAUGCCAGCAGCUGAUUCGUCAGCUGAGGCAUCAAUCAACGGUGAUGCUGCAGCCCUUUUAGCUGCAGCUGGCAUGUCUGCCAACUCUCUAGCAUUCAACCCCUUCCUCCUGUCCACCAUGGCCCCUGGCCUCCUCUACCCCUCCAUGUUCCUACCUCCAGGCCUCGGGGGGCUCAGCCUCCCCGGCUUCCCCACCGCCUCCACCCUGGCUGAGCUGCAGAGCGCCAUGGCAGGAGCUCUGGGCGGCAACGUCUUGACCACAAACCCCCCGAGGGACCAGGAAGAGAAGAAGAGGUUGUUGAAAGCUGCAGAAGAGGAGGAGGAGGAAGAGGAGGAGGAGGAGGACGAUGGAGGAGAUAGUGACUUGGCUGAGGACAGGGUAGAGGGUAGAGCAGAUGAGGAGAUGAAAGAUGAGGAUUCAGUCUUGGAGGAUGGAGGAAUAGGAGAGGAGGAGGAGGAGGAGGAGGAGGAGGAGGCAGCAGCGACGUCUCCACAGAAGGACAAGAGUGACUGAAAUGAAACACAAAACUGAUCGGCCUUGGACAUUUCCUCCCCCCCUAACAACCCCCCCACCUCCCCCUCACUACGUUUACACAACCCCACAAGAAAUAUCCAAACUAUUAUGAAUUCUGUUCUUUUUUUUCCUUUGUUGUUGAUGAUUUCUCUCUCACUAUGUGUUUAUUUUUUUUGGCCAGGUAUAUUUACAAUGCGUCAGAGAGGCCAAGGUGUGUUUAAGUUAAGUCUCUCAGAUUGAUAGUGUAGUCAGGGAAAACUCCUCAAAGCCCCUCACUCAGAGCUCGGCUCCUCUGCAAAGACUGUUCCCUUCUCGCCGGCUGGUUAGCAUGUGUGCACUCUGAACUGUGCACCCCACACCUUUCUCUCCACAGCCCCUCAAAUAGGACUUCACAAUGUUCCUAUAGUACCAUUGUUAUUAUUAUUAUAUUAUUAUUGCUGCUUUCAGCUCUCAAAUCUUUAUUUUGUAUUUUCCUUCCUUUUUUCUUUUGGACUGUUUUGUUGUUGUUGGUUGUUGGCAGCAUCUCAGCAAAAGAGGAAAACUGCCCACUAGUUGCGCUUUUCCUAACACCAAGUUCUCGAUUUAACAGCUGAUCCGGCUGUCUGUCUGACAAAGCUGCUGCAAAAAGGAAUCAUGGGUAUUAAAGUUUGAUUGAGCUGUUCUGUUUCAGAGCGGAUUUUUUUAGUUCUCGCAUAUCAAAUCAGGUAGAGGAAAAACAAAACUAGACCGGCUUGAAACUCAGUCUUGUACACUGACUACAAAAGCUCCAUCCCUUUACAUACUUGAUCAUUAGAUGCACACAUGCACACUCAAAUUGAAAGGUCCAUCACUACACACUCUAACCUCUAAAGCCUGUUAUUUAACUGUUUCUCAGAGUACUUGCGGCUGUUUUUCCUUGUGUGUGCUUGUGCAUGUGUGCGUGCCUGCACACUGAACCAAUACUGUUAAACCCAGUCUCACACUGUUUGAAUACCAGUCUUGAGUCUUUCCACUGCCACACUCUUUCUGAUGUGGCUGACGCAGGCUCAGGAGUGGCAGGCAGGCUGGGUCUGCCACCAAUCAGACCCUCUGAUUGGUCCACUGCGGGCUGCCGAAUCCAGUUGUCCCCCAUUUGGAGGCUUCUGUGAAAUGGAUUUGGAGUGGUGGUCCAAACAGGGAUAUGAUCAUUCAGGUUGAUUCUUUAAAAGGGGGCACAACUGAUUGUUUAUUUCCUCGUUUGCUGCCACAUUAAAAAUCCUGUUGUUUUAUUUUGUUCCUGGUAGUUUCAGACCAAAUGCUGCUCUCCAGUGACCUUCUCUUUAAAAAUCUGUUUCUGUAGUUACACACUGACACGAGGCCUGGCCAAAGCAUGACUGAGACACAUUUUCAACAGAGUAAGAUGUUCACAAGUUUCCAUGUGAAGUUCAACUUUUGACCCUUUUUUUUUUUUUUUUUUUUUUUUAAAUACUUGAAAAGUGCAAGUGGGGCUUGAUUUGUUUCCAUUUCUGAGGCCAGUUCAAGUGACUGAGAUGAAACAAGUGCCGCUACUGGUUAAAAUAUUUGAAAGUACAAACACAUUGUGGCCAGGUCUUUUUAACAUUUGCUAUUACAGCCAACCCAGCAGAUGCAGAGAGAGAGAACGGGGACAGAGGGGAAGUGAUCCUUUUGGCUUUCUGAAACACAACCUCCCAUGAAAGGCCCUUGUUCUUCUCUCUGAUGCUGAGACAGCAAUAACCAAGGCAGCUUUUGAAUGUUCUAACAUCACUUACCCAACACACACACACAAACGUACACACACAUACACAAUAUGAAUAUAACCACAAGUGUCGUAUGAAUAAAAUAAAAAACUGUAAAUGAUGACAAAUAAGUACUGCAAUCAAUUUUGUCUCACUCUGUUCCUGUUGAUGCACUGGUGUUAAAGAGUUAAAAUAAUCAGGUACCUUUAUUACUUAGCUACUUUUCUUGAAAAAUGGACUUUUUGUUACUUUUAGCCAGCAAGCUGAAGAGCAUUACCUCAAAUUCUUAUCUAGCCUUGAAGUUUACAGACAUACCAUGUAAAGUUUUGUUGUUUUUUUUUCAUUCUUUUUUUUGGGGUGUUUGUCUUUUUGUUUUUUGUUUUCUUUUUGGAGACAUCAUGUAUGAUGAAUUGUAGCUAUGAUGCUUUUAAUAAAAGUGAAUCAUGAUAUUCGCCUAGGAAACCAAA